AUGUCCACUCUGUACAAUAGAACUCAUGAUGGAGUCGGCAAUGAGACCACCACAGAAGAGCCUGAGGGAGUUGUCAAUGAGACUACCACAGUGGAGCCCAAGGCAGUGGGCAACGAGACCACCACAGCGGAGCCCAAGGCAGUGGGCAACGAGACCACCACAGCGGAGCCCAAGGCAGUGGGCAACGAGACCACCACAGUGGAGCCAGAGGAAGAGGCUGAGUACUACCCCACAGAGGUUGAUAAGGUGCUAAUGGUGGGCACCAGACAUGCAAUCUAUAAACAAUUCAGAAAGAGCCCGCAUCACAUGUACAUGGUCUUCAACAAAACAGAGCUCCAGAAAGCCUUACCUGAGCCAUCGAUACUGACCCGGGCAGAACUGGAACUGCACAGGAUCAAGCAAAAUCGGGAGCAGGCAGUGCUGCUGUUUGAGAGGUACGGCAAGAAGUCCUGGCGUUUUAUCAGAUACUGGGUGUUGGCCCCCAGCAACACAGCAGAGUGGUUGUCCUUUGAUGUCACUGCAGUGGUGUGUCAGUGGAUGAGCCACAGAAAUGAAGAUCAUGGGGAAUUUGAGGUCUUCCGCCUCACACCUGAGAAGCUAAAUGACGGCACAUAUACUGAUAUCCUCCAAAUGCAGAUCAGUGGGAUCACACCCAGCAGACCUGGUGACCUUCUGGACAAUGACGGCAUCAGCAUUUACCAGCCCAUACUGCGCCUCAUAACCACCCCAAUGGACAAGGCCAGGCACCUGAAAAGGACCCGGAGAUACUGA